AGUAAAAGAUUGGUACUCUGUUUUGAAAACGUUGAGGAUGAGCUUCGGUGAGAGAGAAGCCACAGACAUGGCAAGCGGAGACUCAUCGGAUUAUGGGGCUUUCCUGGAAAAAUUCAUCCUAGAACCAAUCUCUUCGUCUCCUGAACAUCCAUUGAAAGGUCUUACCUUUGCAGUUAAAGACAUAUUUGAUGUGGAUGGCUAUGUGACUGGUUUUGGAAAUCCUGACUGGGCGAGGACUCAUUCAGCUGCCAUAUCAACUGCUCCAGCUGUUUUGACUGUACUGAGAGCAGGUGCUAAAGGUAUUGGUAAAACUGUCAUGGAUGAAAUGGCAUACAGUAUAAAUGGAGAAAAUGUACAUUAUGGCACACCCACUAAUCCAUGUGCAGCAGACCGGGUUCCCGGAGGAUCUUCUAGUGGAUCUGCGGUCGCAGUAGGUGCAAUGCUGGUCGAUUUCUCCUUAGGAACCGACACUGGAGGAAGUGUUAGAGUCCCGGCAUCAUAUUGUGGAAUAUUUGGGUUUCGACCUUCACAUGGUGCUGUUUCUACUUCCGGAGUUAUCCCUAUGUCACAGAGUUUUGAUACCGUUGGAUGGUUUGCUAGGGAUCCUGUGACUUUGAAUCGUGUUGGACGAGUGCUACUACAAUUAUCUGAUGUGCGUCUUGUCGUACCUACUCAGAUACUCGUUCCAGAAGAUUGCUUCCAGCUUUCAAACAUCCCCAGUGAUCAGAUAAAUCUAGCUCUUGUAAAAUCAGUGGAGAAUUUAUUUGGGGGUAAUAUUGUAAAGCCCAUAAACCUUGGGGAAUAUGUCAAGGACAGAGUUCCAAGUUUGAAGCAUUUCAUGUGUAAGGUUAAUGAAGAUCAAGAGUAUAAUAUACCGUCCUUGGCCGCCCUUUCAACUGCAAUGCGGUCUCUUCAAAGGUAUGAAUUCAAGAAAAAUCAUGGUGAAUGGGUGACUACUGUCAAACCUGAUUUAGGUCCGGGAAUAUCAGAGAGGGUAUGGGAAGCCAUGAGAGCAACAGGGGAAGAUGCUGAUAUUUGUUGCUCCGUGAAGGCUGAAUUACGUGCCGCUCUUACUGAUCUUCUAGGGGAUUUUGGUAUCCUAGCCAUUCCUACAGUACCAGGGCCACCCCCAAAACUACAAACAGAUCCAACUUCCUUGGAGACUUUCCGUGCCAGGGCUUUUAGCUUGCUUUCCAUUUGUGGAGUAUCUGGAUUCUGCCAGGUUAGCAUGCCUCUGGGAUUGUACGACAAUCUUCCCGUGGCAGUCUCGUUAGUGGCAAAACAUGGUUCAGAUGGUUUCCUGCUCAAUCUUGUAGAAACUCUUUACGAUACUCUCAAAGAGCAGAUCGAACUGGCCAGAAACUGAAUUCAUGAAAUAUUAGUACUCUACAUGGAAUGUACAGAUAUUGUUUUUCACAAAAUGUAUCGGAAGGAUCUGUUCGCUUUGCACUCUCAUGUUACUUUGUUACAUUGUUUCUAAAUAAUACCUUCUGGCUAUCUUGAAACUGAUUGAAGAUAAAAGUA